AUGAAAGUUGUUAUUCAAAGGGUCAAGUCGGCCUCAGUGACGGUCGACGAAGAAUUGAUUUCGUCCAUUGGCCGCGGAUUACUUGUUUUUGCAGGCAUUGGCCAAGAUGAUACCGAGAAAGAAGCAGAGAAUCUUGUGAACAAGGUUCUCAAGGCGAAAUUCUGGCCCGAUGAAGAUGGCAAACAGUGGAAGAAAAAUGUACAGGAAAUAGAGGGCGAGGUUCUCUGUGUUUCCCAAUUUACCUUAUAUGCCAAGAUGAAGAAGGGCAAUAAACCCGAUUUCCACGAUGCGGCCAAGCCUGAGACUGCCCGUCAACUCUACGAUCACUUCUACAACAAAAUGAGCUCCUCCUACAAACCCGAACGAGUGAAGAAUGGUGUCUUCCAGGCGAUGAUGGAGGUGGAAUUGAAAAAUGAUGGGCCAGUGGGUGUUGACUACCGCAGUGAAGACGCAGCGGUCACUAUUGAGAUCAACACCAAUCUUCCGAAAAAGGAGCCCAAGGAGCCCAAGGCUGACAAGGACAAAGAAAAUGACGAGAGCGGGGAGGGGGCUGACCCGAUCAACCGGACAUUUGAAUUCCAAUUACCUGCAGAGUUGCUGCAAUGA